UGGCGACUGGCGCAUGCGCAUUAAGGUGACUCUAGAAGCGGAGUGCCCGGGUGCGGCGGUCUUCCUGUGGGACGGGAAUGCCGUGGAAUUGGGGAGUGCUCUCUGCUGCUUUCAGGACCGGGCUCUAGGAAUGUCUUGGCCGUAGGCACGGUGUGGGUCUGAGCUGCGCGCUGAAGCCGUAGGUCGGACUGAGGAACGCUCGGCAGCCCCGUUGUGGGCAGCCCCGGGGCCACGGAUGCUUUCUGAGGUCUUUAAUGGAAGGAGCCGCCGUGGUGCGGGACCGGGGACCGGUUUGUGCGUAUGGUGCUGUGCGUGUCAUCUUGGAGAAAUAUGAUGCUACUCCGCUUAACUUGCUAGAAAUAUUUGCUUAUCUAUACCUCUGCUUGUGGUGCCUAUUCUUUCUCAGCAUAACCCUGCAGAGGAAGAAAAGCAGGCAAGCUGCAGAGGAUUUCAAGAAGCAAAGCAGGAUGGAUGGGAAGAAGUGGUACCAAGUCACAAAUGACCUAACUUCAGCAGAGUUCAAGCCUCUUUAAAGAGUUCUGUCGUCCAGGAGACUGAAAAACAAACAAAAAUGGAAGGAGGCAACAGUCCACACGUGCAACUUCAGCAAGUCCCACUGGCCACAGCAGCAGUUUCUGUGCAGCCACACGCAGACUCCUUUUCUUAUAAGGAGAAUUUGAUUGGUGCAUUACUAGCUAUUUUUGGGCAUCUUGUUAUCAGUAUUGCACUCAACCUCCAGAAAUACAGCCAUAUCCGGUUGGCAGGUUCCAAAGAUCCCCGAGCCUAUUUCAAAACCAAGACAUGGUGGUGUGGACUUUUUCUCCUGGUUCUGGGAGAACUGGGGGUGUUUUCUUCUUAUGCCUUUGCUCCUCUUUCACUGAUUGUGCCUCUCAGCGCAGUGUCUGUUAUAGCUAGUGCAAUCAUAGGAAUUAUAUUUAUUAAAGAAAAAUGGAAGCCCAAGGAAUUUUUGAGGCGAUAUGUUUUGUCCUUUGUAGGUUGUGGUUUGGCAAUUGUUGGAACUUAUCUGCUGAUUACGUUUGGACCUAAUAGUCAUGAGAAGAUGACAGGAGAAAAUAUCACUAGGCAUUUAGUGAGCUGGCCAUUUCUGUUGUAUAUGCUUGUAGAAAUCAUCAUAUUCUGCCUGCUACUGUAUUUUUACAAGGAGAAAAAUGCAAACUACAUUGUAAUAAUUCUCCUGUUGGUAGCUUUGCUGGGUUCCAUGACUGUUGUGACAGUGAAGGCUGUGGCAGGCAUGAUUGUUGUCUCAAUACGAGGAAACCUCCAACUCAACUACCCGAUAUUUUAUAUCAUGUUGGUGUGCAUGAUUGCUACAGCAGUCUUUCAAGCAACAUUUUUAGCUCAAGCUUCACAGCUCUAUGAUUCAUCUCAAAUUGCGAGCAUUGGCUACAUCCUGUCCACAACAGUAGCUAUCACAGCAGGAGCAACUUUCUACCUGGAUUUCACUGGUGAAGAUGUUCUUCAUAUAUGUAUGUUUGCACUUGGAUGCCUCAUAGCGUUUCUAGGUGUCUUCCUGAUCACAAGAAAUAGAAAGAAGUCUGUACCGUUUGAACCCUAUAUAUCAAUGGAUGCUAUGCCAGGCAUGCAAAACAUGCAUGACAAAGGGAUUGCAGUUCAGCCUGACCUCAAAGCUUCCUUUUCCUAUGGUGCCCUGCAAAACAAUGACAGCAUGCCAGAAAUUUAUACACCUGCUACACUGCCAAUAGUGCAGGAGCAACAUGGUUCCAGAGGAGUUUCUGCUCCACCAUACCGGGUGCUGGAGCACAGCAAAAAGGAGUGAAUGACCUUUAAGGAACUGAUUUGACUCAUCGGAAGUAUGCCCUUUAUUUAUUUACCUGAUUAAAAUGUAGGCAAGUGUUAAGCCGACUUUGAUAUAGUUUAAAGUUUGUCUCAAACUUUACUUUAAAGACUGAUUAUUAAAAUAAGCAACUCUCUGUAGCUGUGAAGUUGAAAGCAUUCCUCUUAGCAAGAAGUAAAUCACAGUCCUCUGUUGAAGGCUGCUGAGAGCAUGAAAUACUGAAUACAGUAUCGCGUCUUUAGGAAACUAAUGAAAUAGCAGAUGCUGUGGGAAGAGAAGUAACCAUGCAAUUUCUAGCCCUGCUGGGAGUGGUUUAUUUCCAAAUAGAGGUUUUCAGGCGUUGUUCACAGUAAGAUGAGGAAAGGAUUUAAUCUUUUACAUAGAGAGAUUGACGAAUUUUUAGAAAAGUUGUAAACCCUCAUGUUUCUAACGUAACCACCAUGCUACCUUAACAUGGCAAUAAAAUUUAAUUAUUUUCAAGCAUGAACACUGAAACUUACUGAGUAUUCUUGGGCUUUUCUUGUAUAGCCAUUCUCUGGCUUGUGUUGAAUGUAUGCACUGAGCACGUUAAUUCUUUAUCUAGCACCACUGGAUUACAUGGCAGUUUAGAACAAGGACUGUUUGCUAUUUCUCUGGUUUCACAGAAAGAGCUUCAAGUUGCAUCGAAGGCUACAGGGACAGCACUGUAGUAACGUGACUGGAAGGAUAUUUUAGUCGGUCUUGAUGAGAUUCCAAUUCUUUACCAUUUUUAUUUUCUCUCUGUAGUCGAGAUAGGGUUUGCAACUUUGUUUAGUAGUUUUAAAUGCUUAAAGAUGUCAGCAUUCCUUUGGCAGUGUUACGGUGUUGUAGGUAGGGGUGCCAUUUUAUGCUCCUUUAUUCUAAGAAGCAAAAAAGGUACUGUCCUAAUACUGUGAAUGACCUAGUAGGAAAAAUGAGCACGCACAGUCCAGCGCUCAGUGAGAACUGCCAGAAUAAUGAAGCAUUGUGUACUUAGAUAUUUAUCUUUCCAGCUUCUAAGAGAUGGCUGUAAGCUGUUACAAAGGGAGAAACAGACACAGGGGUGUAAAACGGUUAAGUGAAGGGGACAAAGUACAACAUUUACAAGAGUAUGCAGCUGUUCUUGGUAUUUUGAUAUCUUCUCUGAAAGCAAUAAUUCUACUGGGAAACCAAAUUUUAAGUUUACUUUGUUGUAUUUUGGGUUGUAUGCAUAGUAGGGUGUCUCCGUGACCUUAGAAGACUUAAUUUGAAAUGAAUAGUGAAUGUGUUCUGUGCAUUUUUAGGUGGUAAUUCUGAUACUAAGGGGCUCGGAAGGAUCUUGAACUUAAAGUUGUGGCUUCCUGCAUUUUUCCUUUUUUUCUUUUUUGACUCACAACUGGAUUCUUUUUCCACUACCUGAGAGCUUAUCUGACUUAUAAAUAAUUCUACUGCUUCAUGUUAUUGCAGUUGACAACAGAACUACUCUUUUGCAUAUGUUUUCCUUGCCAGCUAUGAAUACUAAUUUAAUCUGGGAAUACAUGAGACUGCAUUGGCAGUUUUGUGCAACUUAAAUAAAAAUUAACUCCUACCCCUGUGAAGUGAAGGUGCCUAAAGGCUGUGCAUGUGCCUAUAUGUGAAGUUGCUUCUUCAGUUUGACAUAUCUGACAGUUGAAACUAGUGGCGUCACAUACACUGCAGCUUAGGAAACCUCAAGAAAUACCAACUUUUCUUUUGUCCACAAUACUUUUUAUGCUUAGAUAAGAUAACAGUGUUAAUGGGCUAAUUCUGCCAGUACAUUAAUCUUGUUGGAGUUGACACUGGUUCUACUGCCUGUGUCCCUGGUAAUCGAUUGUGAAGUUAUGUGUGGCUUUUGUUCCUUGUAACACAAAACAAAGUAGUACAGUGGGGACUGGCUGGGAAGGGUAUGAGUACAAGUAUGGCUUGUCUCUUUCCUUCUAAUGAAUGAGGCAGUAGGUAAUUGACCUAAUAGUUCUGAAGGCACAGAAACAAGCUGUUUUAAGAGCAACUGUGCUAAACCUACAAACGCCACAUUUUACAUGGCAAUACUGUUUAAUUAUUACAGAGAUGGUACAAAAUAUGUAAGUAAAACGUUAAUCAAAAGGAUGUGAAAAGGGCUUGCUAUUGAAUUCUAUUCAUAGGGUGAUCCUGUGUAGUUGAGCAUUGUUUUCCCAGUGCUCAGUUUCUAUGUAGUACUUAAAAACUGCAACUGAUUGAUGUGCAGACUUCACAGCCACUUGUUUUUUCUGGUUAGCUUUUUCUCCUAAUUGUAAGGCUGUUUUUAUUCUAACACCUUGCUUUUAGGAGCUUUCUGACAGCAGAUUCCAAGGGAGGUAAUUCCUAUUGAGUAAUGUGAAAUAUUGCUAUUUGUGUGUCUAUUUCUAGAGCACACAAAUCAGUAGAGCCUGAGGAGUUUUUGGGGUUACAGGGUUGAACUCAGUGCGCUGAUGUUGUGAGAGCUGCACUCUUGUCAGUCUGUUAGCCACGGUAAGCAUAGUGGUAGGACUGCCAGACUGAACCUCACCCCUUCGUGGUGCCUAUGUGCAAUACCUGAAUUUUAACUUUUUUUUUAUGUACUUUCUCCUUUCUUGUUCUUUCUCACAAGCUUUCAGAAGAUUGUACGUGCUGCUCUGCACUGUGUUUUUAUAGAUGCCGUCUCUGUUCCUGAGAAGGCACAAGUAAACUGAGUGUAGGGCUUAUCCAGUCUUUCUAACAGAAGGAGGGAAUAGCUCAGGAUUACAAUUACAUCCUUACCUUUUCUCUAAUUCAGAUCUUGGAAACUGAAAAUGAGAAGUCCUCUGUACCCUCAGACUUGUUACAGAAUAUUUCUAGGGCUGAGGUAACAGUGGUCAUGCCUCGGAUUGCAGCAGGCAUUUACGACUAAACUGCCUCUAAAGAUUUAAAGGAGAGCUGCAUGCCACAUGCUUUUUUUUUUUUUUUUUUUUUCAGCAUGGAAAGUAACCUGUUCCUGUAAAGCACAUCAUUUAACACAUGCAAUGUCAAAGCUUCAGUUUAUCGACAGCUGAUCCACAGAGAAGUAGUGUGCUGUAAACAGUGGAGCAUAGCUAGAUUUCCAAAUGUGCAGCAUUUUGUUCAGAAUCAAACACUGAAAAAGCGUGCACAUAAUCCAACUGACUGCUGUCUCCAUUAUGAAUUGGGCAGAAUAGGUCCUUGACUUUCUCCUAGCUUCUUUAUCAAAUGUGAACUGACUUUUGUGGCCUAUACACUGUGUGGCUUCUCAGUGCACUUCAUAUGUUCUCACUGUAUAUCUUGCAUAUAGCUUUAUGCUGUGGCAUAGAGCUGCAGUGUUGACUGAACGUAUAAAAUGUUCAUAUGGAAAUGUGUGUAUAAAUGUGGCUUUGCAGUGUUGAACCCUGAGGAUGAACUGCUUCAUUUUUUUUUUUUUUUGUAAGCAGUGUUGCAUGUCUGUUUAAUUCUGUCUUUUUGAUGACCCCUCUGGAAAUUUAACUUAAUAAAAGAUUCUGUUUAAAAACUA